CCGCACAGAGCGCCAAUCUGGGACUACCGUCAUCAGGUCCGAAACUCCUUUGCUUUGAUACAAACACUUGCGCAACGAUAGUUUCGAAUGCCGUCUAGGGUUUGGUGACAUUCCUCGUCGCCUGCAAUUGUUGCGGGGCGCAGGUAUGUGGUAGACAAUCAAGGGGGAGGAGUGUUAUCCGAGAGUGUCUAUCAAUGCGUGCAAUUCUUUUUCCGUAUGGGACAUGGUAUCUGCGAUGGAUGGGCGGAAGCUUUGGAGUAGUGAGUUGAUUGCCGCGAGGUUUUUCUUCUGCUUUGAAAUUCAGCGAUGGAAAUGGGGUAGCCGAGCAAUCGUCUCGUCGGUGUGGUGAACGGGGGGCGGGAGUCGUGGUUGGAUUGAUCGGUUUGAAUAAUUUUGUUCCCCCUUUUCUGGGUUGGCGGAGAAGGCGCGGGUGUGGAGGAUGAGAGAGAUGGACAGGCUUGAGCGUUGGCGGGAGCAGCGUAUUUGAUUUUCUGAGGCGAGGUUUUAGUGGAGAGGGCGGUCGUUGAGGUGCAGAGUGUGCACCUGCAUUGUGGGCAUGAGAAGUGUUAGGGCAUAAGUGAGAUUGGGGACUGGUGAGCUUGGGAUUCCGAGAGGCUGUCACCAUGUCUCUUCUCAAGCUCUUAUUUGACCUCCCCGAGGCGGGAGGCGAAUCCAAUUUCACUGUGGAAGAGCAGGAGGAGUUGAUGGCCUUUGAACACAAUCUGGAUGAGCAUUUAGUAGAGAAUUUCGCAUUACCGGUCGCUGAUGACCAACUUGGCUUUUUACGAGGGGCUCGAGAGGGAGGUAGCGCUUUUCCGGAGUCAGAUCAGGGUCGUGUGAACUUUCCUGUUUCUAAUGGAAUGCGUAAUAAACAAGAGGUUGACACGGGCAACGGGGUUGGAGUGGAGAAAGAGCUAGCUUCUCUGAUGAAUUCGGUUAAUGCUUUAGAGAAUGGGCAUGCAUUUGGCAACUCGACGGUUGAGCAUGCCAAACAAGUUUUCCCUAGUGCCGUUGCUCUGAGGUCUCAAGCGCCUAUUUCUCCUGAGAAGGAUUCUGUAUCGCAUAAGCCCCUAGUUCCUGUUCUAGUCCCUCCUCUUGAGAGCACUUCUCGCCUGACGACCUUGGAGCCUGGUCUGGGUGCUCCUCUUGUUAAUACGAAAGCCACGGCGGCCUUGGAUGCUGCUGCAAGUACCAUGCCGCAGGGUGCAUCAGCCAUAAAGCAUCAUAUCAGCUCAAAGCAUCAGGGAUCCGGGAAGGCUGUAUGGAUUAAGUGGAGAGGCAAAUGGCAGGCAGCCAUCCAGGUUGAGUUGGAAGAUUGCAGAGCAGCAACGGUGAAGGCCAUGCCUACUUAUGGAAAAAAAAAAUACGUUCCCAUCUACGUGGUCACCAACAGAACAUAUAUAUGGAUAGAUGCACAAAAUAUAUGUGACAUCAACCAAAACCCUACGCCUCUCCUGUCAGGAAACCACAAUGACUGGCGUCAUCGAGUGGUAGACACUGGGGCACCAAGGCGGCGCAUAUUUCUGAGUCUUGGGUGGGAGAUGCUUGAUAUUAGUGACCGACUGCAUAUAUAUGGGGUGGUCGAAAGAGCACGAUAUGUAAGUGUUUGGAAAGUGUUCGCCAUGGAGGCAAGUGAAGCAACUAAGUAUUCAGAGUUGGGGUCCCUUUUAGUUCGUAUACAUGCUGUCGUUGAACCAGAUUAUGUACGGCAGUCAUGGGUUCAGAAACGCUUGAACAUUUGGACAGAAGAAUGCUUGAAAGCUGAAGCAGCUGCAACUAUCGAGAAACUGACAAAGGAAUGUAUAAGAGUUAUCCUCUGGGAUAAGGCAGCAAAACUUUGGGAAGCUCCUGAGCAACCUGUGCUUGACCCAGGUUGGACCGACUGGAAAGGUCCGGCAUUUGAUGAACUGACAGACUUGGAAGAUGACAUUCCUAUACCAGCAGACAAACCCUCCCAGCCUUCUUCCUCUUCCAGUUUAACUCCAAAGGCAGGCAAAGAGAAGCAAUAUUCUGGAGCCAAGCGUGGCCGGAAACCUAAGGAUAGAAGUGUGCAACCUCAACCCUUGGCUCCAACAGGAGGCGUGACUACAAGAAAGCAGGUCAAAGUUGAGAAUGAUAACGAUGCGGGUCCCUCAUCGCCUGCUGCAAUGGAAUAUUGUCCAGCUGCACCAGAGCCUGUUGCUCAUUAUUCUCAAACACUAUCUUUUUCUGUGGAUGCUACAAAACCAGAGUAUGCUGUUGAUCACACCUCUGAAACCAAAGUUGUAGCCUCAGAAUUGCAGUCGAUGGACCAGGGAAGUGGUGUUAAGUUACCCCAAGAUGGUUUUUUAAACUCUUCGUCAAAGACUUGGAAAUGGAAGUUUAAAUCAGAUGCUUGGGGUUGCUCAGCAUACCUCAAAAAUAAGAAGAGAAGAUGCCCUCGACAGGCAGUGAAAGGGAUAUAUUGUUUAAAGCAUCAAGGCUUAGCGGAAAGCCCUUCGAUUGCUGAACCUAAUGUGGAGCCUAGUAAUUUAUGCAUGGCACGCUACUGGGUAGAGAAUCGGCGUUGUGCAAAUUCUGUUGUCGAGGGAAGCUAUUAUUGUGUCAUGCAUGCUGAUUGCCGCCCGCCUAAGUCAGAGGAUUCUGGAGUGUUAAAUGACAGAAAAGACGGUUUAAAGGGAGGGAAUGAUAAAGUUGUGAUGGCAAAGCAUUUGCGGUGCACUGGUGUUACUGUACAGGAUACUCAACUUACGCACUCGACGAAGGAUGACCUAAGCUUCUCUACCGAUCAAAAGGACCCAGACCAUGUUGAGAAGGACCCAGAUCAUGUUGAGAAGGAAUCAGAGCAUGCUGAGAAGGAACCAGAGCAUGCUGAGAAGGACUCAGAUCAUGUGGAAGGUAACACUUUGGCUGCUCCAGUAGAAGAUGUUGGUGCGGUGGCGAAGAUAGAGCAACUUAAGCUUCCAUCAUCUGGCCGACUGACUGAAAAACAUAUAAGAGGUGUAGCUUCAAAUGCCAUUGCAGGUUUCAAAACUAAUGGGACUUCCGUAGGUCCUAUCAGCGACAAGAUCUUAAGCAGACUUUUGGCUAAUAUGAAUGUGAAGGAAAGGAGAAGCUAUCUUAAAGCACGAGAUCUGCUUUGCAAGUACAUGAAUGAAGGAUUGUCUCUGAGUAAAGAAGGAAUCGACGAAGCGAAGUUUAGUCAGAUGAUGAACUCUGUUAUUGAUGACUGUGCCAAAGAUUUUUCUUCUGGAGAGGUGUUGCUAAAGAUACUCACAUCAGAGAAAGAGAGACUAGCGAAGAUAGUGUUGGAAAAUGGCUUAGCCAGCAGUAAGGGUCCAAAUAUUAUGUGGGAGUCAGAUGCUAUCAUGUCUGGUUCUUAUCCUGAAGAAUCAUUGAAGCCAGCGGUGGAUAUGAUGUCAAAUGAUGCCAAGUCUCGGCGGCCAACAUCGUUUCCUUCACAGGUUGGAGGCAAAGAAGUUGGCCAGCAUACAAGCUAUCUUUGUUCUUUGUGUGAUCAAAACUUUGAACAGUUGUCUGUGCUCGGGAAGCAUUGGAAGGAGCAUCACAAACGGGAGGCAAGGCUGUUCGAAAAAUGCCUGCUCUGUCGUAUUUGUGAUAAGGGUGGUGCAAUGUUCAGAGAUAGACUAGGUGUACUAAAACACUGGAGAGAAGCUCAUCCAACUGUUUCCCAUUCAUCGCCGGCUUGGUCAGUGUGCGUGAUGUGUGACAAACAGUAUUUAGAUUUUGAUCGCCUAUGGCAGCAUGUGGAGGAUCAGCACCAUAACCAGUGGAGCUGCGCCAACUUUGCAGGACGAGUGAAGGCCUCACUGAUGUUACGCAAGGGGCAUAAAUGUAUUUUUUGCAGCGAAACUUUUAGUACAGUAUGGGAAGUUCAACAGCACAAAGAAAUUUUGCAUGAAGAUCAGGAGCUUUUGCACUCUGGUGCAAAAAGGAAUUUCGAUGCAAUUGAUGGUGAGGUGGCUGGAAAUGAUUCUAAGAGAAUCGACGUUAUUCUGGCUGAGGGAAAGCGUAGAUACCAAUGUCGAUACUGUUCAUUAAGGUUCCGAUCUCUUCCGGAACUGGGACGCCAUCAUCAAUCUGAUCAUAAAGAUAAAGCGGAUGAACGAUCUAGAUACCAGUCUUCUUCCAGCGGUGUGUUAUCUGUGCAAACGAGGAAGACAAAACAAGAAGGAAUGGGGGGUGAUUGGCGUGGAGUUUCAAUAGGGAAAGGGGAAGGAGACGAUAAAGAUGAUAAUAGCAAUAAACGGAGGUAUCGUGCAAGAACUAAAGCCAAAAAUGCAGGUAGAGGGAGAUCAAUUCCAAUGAAAAAACAAUCAGGUGGGGCAGAAGCAAUUCUGCAACGCAUGAGAGCUGUGAAGCAGGUUUUGGAGGAUCAGAAGACGAAAAGACCAUCUCGUAAGAGGGAUAGGAAAGCAGAGAGAGCACGAAGAUUAGCAAAACUUGCAGGUAUUAGUAGUAUACCACACCCAGCCCUGAACCCGACUCCUGUCCCAGCCCAGGCUGCUACCACUGUCGCUAACACGAUUAAGUGCCGAUUUUGUGGAUUGGAGUUUGCUUUGUUGCCAGACUUAGCUCGGCAUCAUCAAGCUGAUCAUGCUGCUAUUAAGCAAGCAUUUAUAAUUAAUGGGCGUGGAGAGUGUCAGACAGGGAUUUACACCCUUACCAAAGAUGGAAUAAUUGGUCCAUUACAAGGUGAAUUGCUGAAUCGCGCUCCCAACAGCAGAGAAUUGCUGGAGGUUGCUCGCAGUACCUGCUGUAAAGAUUGGUUUUUUAAAGAGCUGGGUAAAAGAUAUGCGUAUUUGCCGCCAAGACUAUUUGUGCAGGCUGCGCAAAUUUGUAGUGAAGCAAAAUUAGAGAUCAGUUGGCACCAAGACAAAUACUUGUGCCCGGACGGCUGCAAGUCUUAUAUUCCACCACAAUCAAUGCCUAGUUUGGGAAUGAAUGUGAGUGCGUUUGCAAAAUCACCCUCAAAUGAUUGUGCAGGUGAUGCAAAGGCUCAUACAGUGGGUGGACUAGAUCUAUUGCCUUCAAACAAGAAUUCUAUCUCAAACAAAAUGGUUCUAUCUGAAGACUUGAGCAAUGGAUUGGAGAAAGUACCUAUUCGUUGUGUCGUAGAUGGAAGUGUGAUAGAGCCUUGCACGUGUUCGUUGUGUACGGAGGGUGGAAGCCUAACAUCUUCAGGGGACAGUCAACCCUGGAAUAACUUUGUAUAUAUAACUCAACGGCACCUUGACCCUUCAUUGGGUCUAGAUACGAAGAGCUCUCAAGUAGGAUGUUCAUGCACUGGAGAUGAAUGCUCGGCGUCCACUUGUGAUCAUGUGUCGAUGUUUGACACUGACAACGCUGAAGCCCGCACAAUUGAUGGAAAGUCCGCUCGAGGCCAAUUUCCUUAUGAUGAAAUUGGCCGUAUCAUUCUUGAUGUUGGAUACAUGGUUUAUGAAUGCAAUUCUAGUUGUCAGUGUAAAGAUUCUUGCCGCAAUCGCGUGCUACAGAAGGGUGUUCGUUUGAAACUUGAAGUUUUCAAAAGCCGACACAAGGGAUGGGGUGUGCGAGCAGCGGAGCCCAUAUCAAGGGGUACAUUUGUGUGUGAGUAUAUAGGGGAGGUUCUUAAUGACAAGGAAGCAAAUGAAAGAGGGAAGAGAUAUGAUCAAGUGGGCUGCAGUUAUUUAUACAACAUUGAUGCACAUCUAGAUGUGAUUGGUUCAAAAUCUGUUUCAAAACCUUUUGUAAUAGAUGCAACCAAAUAUGGAAAUGUUGCUCGAUUUAUUAAUCAUAGCUGUGAACCGAAUUUGAUCAACUACGAAGUGCUUGUUGAAAGUAUGGACUGUCAGUUAGCACACAUAGGUUUUUUCGCCAAUCGCGAUAUUGCAAUUGGGGAGGAGCUUGCAUAUGACUAUAGGUAUAAAUUGCUUCCUGGAAAGGGCUGCCCCUGUUAUUGCGGGGCCCCAAAAUGCCGUGGUCGACUUUACUAAUUACCAUAGUCCAAUCAGAUUGAUUUUACUGAAGAUUACUAGACAACCUCAAGCCUUGCAUCUAGUGUGUUUUGGGAGAACAGGCUGUUCACUGAAGCAAAAAGGAGCCAUCCAAGUUCCUGGUAGUUAGCUUGUUUUACAUGUUUCGAGGUGCGUCGUGAAAGCAAGCAAUUGUUUUGAUUCAUGUAUCUUAUGAGUGGGAGUCUCCGCGGAAUGCUUGCAGACGUUAAUGAAUCUUAUUUGCAGUUAUAUGAACUCUUUUGUUCAGAACUAAUCAAGCUGCCUUUUAUCGUGUUUUCCAA